AUGCCUCACUGUGUAUUCCUGGAGAAGCCCACAGUCCCUCACUGUGUAUUCCUGGAGAAGCCCACAGUCCCUCACUGUGUAUUCCUGGAGAAGCCCACCGUGCCUCACUGUCUAUUCCUGGAGAAGCCCACAGUCCCUCACUGUGUAUUCCUGGAGAAGCCCACCGUGCCUCACUGUGUAUUCCUGGAGAAGCACACAGUCCCUCACUGUGUAUUCCUGGAGAAGCCCACAGUCCCUCACUGUGUAUUCCUGGAGAAGCCCACAGUCCCUCACUGUGUAUUCCUGGAGAAGCCCACAGUCCCUCACUGUGUAUUCCUGGAGAAGCCCACAGUCCCUCACUGUGUAUUCCUGGAGAAGCCCACAGUCCCUCACUGUGUAUUCCUGGAGAAGCCCACAGUCCCUCACUGUGUAUUCCUGGAGAAGCCCACAGUCCCUCACUGUGUAUUCCUGGAGAAGCCCACAGUCCCUCACUGUGUAUUCCUGGAGAAGCCCACAGUCCCUCACUGUGUAUUCCUGGAGAAGCCCACAGUCCCUCACUGUGUAUUCCUGGAGAAGCCCACGGUCUCUCACUGUGUAUUCCUGGAGAAGCCCACGGUCCCUCACUGUGUAUUCCUGGAGAAGCCCACGGUCCCUCACUGUGUAUUCCUGGAGAAGCCCACGGUCCCUCACUGUGUCUUCCUGGAGAAGCCUACGGUCCCUCACUGCGUAUUCCUGGAGAAGCCCACGGACCCUCACUGCGUCUUCCUGGAGAAGCCUACGGUCCCUCACUGUGUAUUCCUGGAGAAGCCCACAGUCCCUCACUGUGUAUUCCUGGAGAAGCCCACAGUACCUCACUGUGUCUUCCUGGAGAAGCCCACAGUCCCUCACUGUGUCUUCCUGGAGAAGCCCACAGUCCCUCACUGUGUCUUCCUGGAGAAGCCCACAGUCCCUCACUGUGUCUUCCUGGAGAAGCCCACAGUCCCUCACUGUGUCUUCCUGGAGAAGCCCACAGUCCCUCACUGUGUCUUCCCGGAGAAGCCCACAGUCCCUCACUGUAUAUUCCUGGAGAAGCCCACAGUCCCUCACUGUGUAUUCCUGGAGAAGUUGUAG